AAGGCUGUUCAUUGCACCCAGCCGUAAUUUUGAGUUCAAGGUUACGCCUCAGACUUUUGAUCAGUCGGAUUAUACUUGAUGUACGGAGGUAAAUAUUUCUGGAUUCUGCUGACUCUUUGUGGAUGCACUCUUGCAAAAGAAGACGCGGUAUCUGACAGUUGCUUCACUCAGUUGACCGGAUCGGUAGACGAUAUUAAUGCAGACAUUCAAAAUAUAACAAACUUCAACAAUCUUAAAAUCUUACCUCGUAUUAAAAACAUUAUCCAGAAGGAUUUCUUUCACUAUUUCGAGGUUAAUCUAAAACGCAAAUGUCCAUUUUUCGAAGAUGAUAAACGGUGUCCCUCAUCUGACUGUCGUGUCAACGACUGUCCAGCUGAAGAAAUUCCUCUGGGCUUGCGUGAAGAUUCUCUAAAGUCUUCACCCCAUUAUAAAGUUAGACUUAUUUUUAAUUUUUAUUUGAAAGUAUUCUCAAGAAGCUAACAUGUAUCCUGAAGGAGAAAUCGAUUGCGGGCUAGGUCAGCUGGAUAGUUCUUUAAGUGAAGAACGUAAAACUAUAAUUGCCAACUGGGCUCGUCAUGACACUGAAGAUGAACUUACAUUUUGUGAACCUGAUGAUGACAGUUCUGGCAAAAUGAUCUACGUGGAUUUACUUAAAAAUCCGGAACGUUAUACAGGCUACAAAGGACCUGCUUCGAACAGAAUUUGGUAUAUGAUAUAUAACGAAAAUUGUUUCAAUGAAGAUUCAGCAAAUUAUGGUCCAGGAUUCCUCAGUGCAAGUCAGUCUUCGUGUUUUGAAAAACGUGCAUUUUAUCGAAUGAUAUCUGGAUUACACAGCAGCAUUAGUAUUCAUUUGUCUUAUCGAUAUCCAUUGAGUCUUUUUUCAAGGAAUCAACCUAUUUCUCGUGAUUACGAUAAAAAUAAUCCAGGUUGGGGUCCGAAUUUAGAAGAAUUUCGCCGUCGCUUUGAUCCAUCUCUUGUACCUGAUGGUCCUAUUCGGUUGCGUAACCUAUAUUUCACUUAUUUGGUAGAAUUACGCGCUUUGGCUAAAGCAGCACCGUAUUUACUGAAACAAAAUUACUUCACAGGGGAUAGUGAAAUGGACAGGGAGACUAGAACUGCUGUUAAAGAUUUUCUAAACAUAAUUCAAAAUGAAGGUAGUAUAUUCAAUGAACACCUUCUAUUCACUGGAAAUAUUACUGAAGCGAAUAUACUGAAGAAACAGUUUCGAGAGCAUUUUCUCAAUAUUUCACGUAUAAUGGAUUGUGUUGGUUGUGAAAAGUGCAGAUUAUGGGGAAAACUUCAAACUCAAGGUAUGGGUACUGCUUUGAAAAUCCUAUUCUCUGACACUGUACGGAAAGAAAAUCCUGUCGAUCAGUCAAGCACUGUGGAACCAAACUUUCAAUUAAGGCGUACUGAAAUAAUUUCUUUAUUCAAUGCAUUCGGUCGCCUUUCUACAAGUAUUGGAGCACUAGAUGACUUCUGUCAAAUGAUUCAUGAAUCUGAGAAAAGAAAACGUUUUGCAUCAUCUGGAUAAGAUCAGUUUGUACUGCUUUGUAAUGAUAAUCACUAUACUUUUACUUUGUCAUUUCAUUCCUUUUGAUUUAUAUUAUUUUUUAUCUCUUGUCCACGUUUAUACUUCUUCUUCUCCUUCUUCUUCCCUUUUUUUUUAUUCCCAACUUCGAACAAUUUUGUUAGUGACUACUUGUACUACUUCUCAGUAUCUGUCUUUCAGUUUUAUAUACUACAUACAUUCAUGUAUUCGACAAAUGCGACUUAGUGUGUGUGAUAUAUUCGUGUGCAACUUUGUUGUUCAUAUAUACAUUCUUUGCUUGGAUAUGUUUGUGUCCAAGUGAUAUACUUCUGUCUCUUUUCUACUAUCAAUUCUCUCAAGUCUUUGUAGGGUUUAUCCGUCUUAAUUUUUUUUGUAUUUAUCAUUGUAAAUUAGUGUAUACACAUGUUGUAUAUGCCUUCUUCUGUGUUGAUUACUUUCCGAUUCUUCGACUUCCGUUUCACUGUGUGUUAUUGUAGUAGCAGUGUUACUUUUCUUGUAAUUGUUGUUUCUGCUGGUUUCACUAAUCAUCGAAAAAAAAGAAAGAACAACUCCAUUUCCAUUCAAUCAUCAUCCAAACCAUUUACUACCUUUUCUCGGAACUUCCAGCUGAAGAGAUUGUGUAAUAUAAACUUGUUAUUUCUCUCCCUGUCUAUCUGUCUCCUUGUUUAUGUAUAUGAUUUAGUUUUUAUGACAACUAUUCAUCUGAUGUCUAAUAUUGAAGCAUCUCUUGAAAACUUUGUAAAAAGGAAAAUUAGUGUAAUUGGUGAGUGUGUAAACAGCAAGUAGACAGUUAGUACAAAAUUCUUCAUCUUGUCAACAACUACUCCAUCGUAUUAUAAACUUGUCUUCUAUUCUGUCCUGUUCACAUAAACGUGUUUUUUUAAAAUCUUUUUAAAUGAUCGAGUGUAUGUAUUCCGCUUGGGAACUAUACAUGUACAUGUUUGUUGUCUUUGUAUACAGACAGUUUCGAUCUUCCUAGUGUACAUGCCACUUUUUUUCUCCUUAUCUUCACUGUCUUAUUUCUCCUUGCUCUUCUCUUAUUAAUCAUCCUUUUUCUGGUUUGUAUGAAUUAUCUUUUUGCUAAAACAAAGUCUUGAAAUAUAUAUACGUAUUUGU